GGUGUGACAGCCUCCACCAGGAAUGCAGUAGUGUGUGUUUUGAUCUCUCCACAUAAUGCACUCUCUCGACCAGGCUGAUCUGUCAGUUUCUGUGUACAUUCUGUCUGACAGACACAGAGACAACGGAGACACUCAUUAACUUUCAUGAACACAGCAGAAUGGAAAAAGGAAGAGGCGAGGUGUGGAUAGAUGAUAGAUGAAAAGAGGAUUUGUAUUUUCUUGGACAACUGUAAGUUUUCUGCCAAACUUUAAGGAAAUCCACGUCUGAAUCAGCACUUGGUAACUUUUCUUUCUCUUCUGAAGUGUCGAUUUUGACUGCGGACUCAGUGAACAUUUUGAAUUCAACUCUAGCUCUACUUAAAGUGGCAUGGGCUGAUUUUAGGCGUUUUCUUUAGAUUACUUCUGAGAAUGUAUUUUUACAUUUUCUAUAAACUCUAGAGUAGUCUUCAGGGAUAACAUAUAUAAUGUUGACAUUGGCAUUUGAACUACUGUGACAGCAGAGUCAGUGAUCUCUGCCACAAAUAUUGAUCUGACAUCUGACUGUUGCAACACCCACUGCUGGAACUGAACAUGGCAUAUCACUGCAUCACAUAGAAGUGAAUCACAAAGAUCCUCCUGUGUGCUGUCUUGCCAUCUCCAAUAACUCAAUAACUACCCCCGCACUACUGCUCAGACUUACACUAUCAGUCAAUACUUCUGGUGAGGUCCCUGCUGUAACCAUGGCAUCCCAGGUGAAGCAGCCCCAGGGGCGUGGCCUAUCGUCUCUAUUUUCUUGCUGUUUCAAAGGAAGUGACCAACCAGAGAUCACCUACUGCCAUGACAACAUCAACACUGUGGCUGUACUGGAGCCCACUCUGCCUAUGCCCCCCCUUCAAGAGCUGGACUCCAUGUUCACUGAGCUGGUGGAUGAACUGGACCUCACAGAGGAGCACAGAGCAGACAUGUUUGCUUUGCCAGCAGAGAAAAAAUGGCAGAUCUACUGUAGUAAGAAAAUGGAGGCAGAGGAGAAAAAAGGAGCAACCAGCUGGCCAGAGUAUUAUAUUGACCAGCUCAGGUCCAUGGCUGCUAGGAAGACUCUCCUGGCACUGGAGGAUGAGGAAGAGCAGGGAGGACAUACAGUCGUAGAUGGUCUAAAGACAGCACUGAGGACACAGUCAAUGAGGUUUGUGACGCGAUUUAUUGACUUGGAUGGCCUGUCUUGUAUCCUGAAUUUCCUCAAGUCAAUGGACUAUGAGACCGCAGAGUCUCAGAUCCACACCUCCUUGAUUGGCUGCAUCAAAGCUCUGAUGAACAACUCUCAGGGCAGAGCUCAUGUCCUAGGUCACUGUGAGAGCAUUAAUAUCAUUGCACAGAGUCUCGCCACUGAAAACAUCAAAACCAAAGUUGCAGUGUUAGAGAUCCUCGGUGCAGUAUGUUUGGUGCCAGGAGGCCAUAAGAAAGUACUAGAAGCCAUGCUGCACUACCAGAAAUUUGCCUCGGAGAGAACACGCUUUCAGAAACUGCUGACAGAUUUGGAUAGAUCCACAGGUCGUUACAGAGAUGAAGUUAAUCUGAAGACUGCCAUUAUGUCCUUCAUCAACGCUGUGCUCAGCCAGGGAGCAGGAGAGACAAGUCUGGAGUUCCGUAUCCAUUUGCGCUAUGAGUUUCUGAUGUUGGGCAUUCAGCCAGUCAUUGACAAAUUACAUUCCCAUGACAACGACAACCUAGACAGACAUCUGGACUUCUUUGAGAUGUUGAGGAAUGAAGAUGAGCUUCUGAUGUCCAAACGCUUUGAUGUUGUCCAUAUAGAAACUAAAAGUGCCAGCCAGAUGUUUGAGCUAAUCAAGAGGAAACUGAACCACACUGAAGCUUACCCUCAUCUCCUGUCUAUACUGCAGCACUGUCUCAUGAUGCCAUAUAAGCAGAACAGUUCCACACUUCAGUACUGGGUGUUGCUGGACAGAAUAGUUCAGCAGCUGGUUCUGCAGACAGACAAAGGUGACAACCCUGAUGUCGCUCCACUGGAGGACUUCAACGUUAAAACUAUUGUACGCAUGCUCGUCAAGGAGAACGAGGUCAUCCAAUGGAAAGAACAAGCAGAUAAAAUCAGAAAAGAGCAUCAGAACUUGCAGCAGCGUUUGGAAAAGAAAGAGAGGGAGUGCGAGGCCAAGAAUAAGGAGAAAGAAGACAUGAUGGCAAUGCUGAGCAAGAUGAAAGACAAACUUGAGAGAGAGAGCAAUGACCACAAGCAAGCUAACUUACGAGUGGCAGAGUUGUCUGCUCGGCUGCAGCAGCUCACUUCAGCCUCUAGUGUCCCCGGAGGACCUCCAAUAAUUUCUGGUGGUUUAGUUUCUGCUGGUCCUGUCCCAUUCAUCCCUCCACCUCCUCCCCCUCCUCCUCCACCACCUCCUCCACCACCUCCUCCUCCAGGAGGCCCACCAGCUUUUGGCAUGGCUCCAUUUGCCCCACCUCCUCCUCCAGGAGCUCCACUAGGAACAACCCAGAAGAAGAAUAUUCCUCAACCAUCCAACCCACUGAAGUCAUUAAACUGGAGCAAACUGCCAGAGAGCAAGACAGAAGGAACCAUAUGGAAAGACAUCGAUGAUCUCAGGGUGUUUGAAGUUCUGGAUCUAGAAGAGUUCCAGAGGAUCUUCUCGGCUUACCAGAAGCCACAAAAGGAUGCUGAAGAUGACCAUACUUUUUCUAAGAAAGUCAAGGAGCUGUCAGUAAUCGAUGGUCGCCGAGCACAGAACUGUAACAUUCUCCUCUCACGGCUGAAGCUGACCAAUGAGGAGAUCCGCCAUGCCAUCCUGACCAUGGAUGAACAGGAGGACCUACCUAAAGACAUGCUGGAGCAGCUUCUGAAGUUUGUUCCUGAGAAGAGUGACAUUGAACUGUUAGAAGAACACAAGCAUGAGUUGGAACGUAUGGCCAAAGCAGACCGCUUCCUGUAUGACAUGAGCAGCAUCAACCACUACCAACAGAGACUGCAGUCUCUCUACUUCAAGAAGAAGUUUGCUGAGAGAGUGGCUGAGGUGAAACCUAAAAUCAAAGCUCUGAGUCUGGCAUCCAGGGAGGUGACUCAGAGUGGGAACCUGCGGCAGCUCCUGGAGGUGGUUCUGGCCUUUGGGAACUAUAUGAACAAAGGACAACGAGGAAAUGCCUAUGGAUUUAAAUUAUCCAGUCUCAACAAGAUAGCUGACACCAAGUCAAGCACUGACAAAAACGUCACUCUGCUCCACUACCUGAUCACUGUACUGGAAAAGAAGUACCCUAAGGUGGCAGCUUUCAAUGAAGAGCUACAACAUGUGCCAGAAGCUGCUAAAGUCAAUAUGACAGAUUUGGAGAAGGACAUUGGCAAUCUGAGAUCUGGCCUGAAGAGUGUUGAGGAGGAGCUGAAAUACCAGCAGGCUCAGUCCCCUGAGGGCCCUGCAGAUAGGUUUGUCCCUGUGGUCAGUCAAUUCAUCACUGUGGCCUCUUUCAGCUUCUCUGAUGUAGAGGAGUCACUCAGUGAGGCCAAAGAAGUGUUUGGAAAGGCACUGAGACACUUUGGAGAAGACCUGUCCAACCUGCAGCCGGAUGAGUUCUUUGGGAUCUUCGACACUUUCCUCACAGCUUUCUCAGAGGCCAAAUCGGACAACGAGAACCUGGCCCGUCGCAAGGAGGAAGAGGAGAGACGGGCCCUCAUGGAGUCACAGCUGAAGAGAGACAGGGAGCAGAAGGCGAGGAAAGCCAAAACAAAUCAAGAAGAGACAAAUGAAGAUGGGGAGUUUGAUGACUUGGUGUCUGCUCUGCGCUCUGGAGAGGUGUUUGAUAAAGAUCUGUCCAAAAUGAACCGUGGAAAACAGCGGAGACAUAACAUGUUCGACAACAGCCGUGAGAGACCAGUAACAAAACUAAACCAGUAGCAGGACACUUCAUGGACAGCAGCACUUCACUGGGACUGUUAAAGCACUGCUGAAACACAUGAAAGUCUUAGUAACACUGUUGUGGGCGUGGAGUUAUCUUCACUUAAAUUCACAUAAUGGUUCAUGGGGCAAGUUUGUGUACAGAGUACAUAAAGAUACCUAUACAUAUAUGUAUAUACAGUAUAUAGAAACAGUACAACCAUUUAUGUACUUUGGCCCUUCAUUGUGUUACCAUGCACUAAGACUAUUGGUUGCUCAUCUUUAAGCCAUUUGUCAUGAGAACUGUCUUGUUUUACGCUUUCAUAAGGUUCAUAAGGGAAUAGUUCAACAUUCAUUUUACCUUACUGUAAAGACAUCACUCAGUCCAACAUAAAAAACUGAAUUUGUUUUUUCAGUAGAAAAACAUAUAGCAUACUACGCACACUGCUUCCAAAAUCAGCAGUCUUCCAACCCCCAAACUCUCAGGCCACACUCAUGGCACUCACCACAGCACAUGACCCUGGACACCCCCUCAUCCCAUUUUUCACUCUACUCCCAUCUGGUUUCAGAUACAGGACAUUUAGAUGGAAAAAGGCACAUCAGUAGGAGUUUUGUCCCCUAUGUCAUAGCUCACUAAAUGUAUGCAUAUGUAUUAAUGGCACUGGAUUUAUGCGAGUUAUGCACUGUAGAAAUAUACAUAUCUAUUUUAAGGAUGCACGCAUAAUGACAUUGAGGACAAGUCUAUCAUUUUGGGAAAUACACUUAUUUGCUUUCAAGCCUCUAUGGCCUGAAUACAUAUAUGAAGCUCCUGCCAGCAGUUAGUUAGCUUAGCUUGAAACAGCUAGUGUGGGUCUGUCCAAGGGUAACACAAUCUCCAUAGUCACCACACAGACAUGAGACUGAACCUACAAUUCUAAUCUAAAUCUCGAACAGUAAGUAAAGAUGUGUAUUUCGCAAACAAAUUGCAGUUGAUGAAACAAAGAGACCACAAAGUUUUCCGGUAUGAAUUCAACUUGCACUACUCUAGUUUUUAUGUGAAAAAAACUCUUAUAGUUGUGUGUGUUAUAAGAGUGGCUGCUGUCUACAUCACAGAGAAUGAAUGGUUGACUUAAAGUAUGUUUGGCUUUUUCUGUUCAACAUUUAUCUGCAGGAUAUUUUGCACAGUAGAAAAUUAUAUAUAACUGACCACGAUUUCUGAUGUGGCUAAUAAUGAAUAGAUUAGACCGAAUGAAAUGUGUUUUUUGUUUUUUUGUUUGUGUCUUGUCUCAAAGUUUCUUCAGAUAAAGUUCAACCUUUUCAAUGUGUCGGUGGUACAGACAACAGCAGACGCUGGAACUGUGUCUAAAGAUUCAUUCUCUAACAAUGUCAUUUACAGUAUCUAACUUAAUGAAUGUAUUUAAUUGGAUUGACCUGAAGCAGAACACAGUAAUAUUUGUCCUGUUGUAAUAACUGAAAAAGAUUUUUCCAAAACUAACUCAGUCUUCUUUGACUGAUUGUAAGUGUUUUAUUGUUAAGCAUUGUAAGUAACCAACAACAAACCUAUAAUGUAUGUUCUCAGGUAGAUUAUGUUAUGUAAAUGAUGGUGUUUAUAAUAUGCCUUGUAAGUUUUUACACCUCUGGUUUAAUGAUUUAAAGAUACCAAAUACUUUUAAGUGUAAUUUAAUUUAAAGUGUAUCAAUAAAUAAUAAUCAAUAAACUACAAAAUACAGCUGCCAAGCCAUGUAUCAAAAUGAA